GGAGAACACACUCCAGGAAGAUCUGGGGUGAAAACAUCAGGUUCCGUGGUGGAGCUCUCGGGUGACAGACAGCUUCCUGGCACCCUACCGUCCACGGUUGUUGAGUGGAGACAUCACUGCUACUCUGGGAUUGUUGGGAUUAAAUGGGAUCCUCAUAUUUGUGCUCUGUAAGUAGUUACUGCUUAGGUAGUGGGUAUGUCCGCUCAGCCUCCUACGGAUUCCUUGAAGGAAGAGAUUACACUGAUUACCAUUAUCUAUGAGGCAUUAGAAACCAUUUAUUACACCUGACCCCCUGUGAACCCUGUCGGAUGGGAACAAUUCAACUUACUCUGCUUUCCUCAAAGGUUGUCCUACCCCUCGCUCGAGUUAAUCAUUUUUUCCCUCCAUAGUUGCAAAGAGCUAUGCACGUGGUAGGGACAGUACAAUUCCUGCUGCUGGCAGCAGCGCCUGGCUGUGCUGUCUACAAUUGCCAACAGUUCCUAAGGACUAACAGCUUUUCACCGUCCCGCAGGGGCAGCCAGAGUGGGCUGCACUAUCAGGAGCUUUCUUCCAGAAGUCCGCCAAGGCAGCUUUAGGAAAGACUUGGUUCAGUUGGAGACUGGCACACGGAACACAGGAACAGUGCGGCGGCCCCUUUAAAUAUCGGGAUGGCUGGGCGGAGCCGUUGUCAGGGACGCGCCUGGGCAGCUUGGUUUCCAGGAAGUGACGACAGACGACCGCCGCGAUGGAGGAUAUGCUGGACUUCGACGAGGAGCGGUUCCGCGGCACAGUCACCUCCGUGGCCAAGCUGGGUCGCCGAGCUCAACUGGAGCCGUCACAGGCUGAGAAUAACUUCGGGGGCAAGAAUUCUUCGUUGACUCUGAACAGAGAGGAGCCCCCUCCCAAACCACCUCGGAGGCACGGAGGCUGGGCUGACGACUCCUCGAAACCACCAGCUCUGGAGUCAACCACUUCUCCAGGAGCGUGCCAGCGUCUCAGACAGCAGAGCCCGGAUGGAUCAGAUGACGGAGGAGACACCCCGGUUAUCCCAGAUCUGGAAGAAGUCCAGGAAGAAGACUUUGUUCUGCAGGUGGCAGCUCCUCCCAGCAUCCAGGUAAACCGGGUGAUGACCUACCGCGACCUGGACAAUGACCUCAUGAAGUACUCGGCCUUCCAGAACUUGGCGUUGGCACUGGGGUCAAGCCACCACCCCGGCAGCACCAGCUGUUCCUGUGUCAGAGAGCCUAGUUCUAAUCCUGGCUCCUCUGCUUCGGAUCCAGCUUCCUACCAGUGCACGUUCUGGAAGGCAGCAGAUGAUGGCCCACAUCCUUGGGUCCCUGCCGUCCACAUGGAGACCUGGAUGGAGCUCUGGGCUCCGGCUUUGGCCUGGCUGUUGUAGAUAUUUGGGGAGUGAACCAGAAGAUUGGACACUAGGUUUUGUUUCACGUGGGACAUUUUAUUGGGGCAGAAUCUGCAGACCGUGGAACUCAAGUGUGCAUUCCCUGAUGUUAGAGACCCUAGGGAGCAGUGCGCAGCGGCCCAAUACGGUCCCUGCGGGGGAUCCCUGCUGCCUGCCCCGCGACCACUGCUCUGGUUCCUGCCCGCAUGUGUUUGCAGUUUCUGCACAUUUUAUGGAAAUGAACUCGUUUGUUAAGGUUUUUCAGUCUGGCCGUAAGCACUCCUGUGUUUUCAGGGUUUAUCCACGUUAUACCAUUCUUUUGUAAAGAUUAUUUUGGGGUUGUUUAUUUGAAAAACAGAGAGAGAGAGAAUCUUCGUCUGCUGGCUUACUCCCCAAAUGGGUCAGGCCAAAGCCAAGGGGCCUGAAACUCCGUCCUGGCCUCCCACAAGGGUGGCAGGAGCUGAAGUACUUGAGCCACCACUCGCUGCCUUCCCAGGGACAUUAGCAGAGAGCUGGAUGGGAGGCAGAGCUGGGACCGGAACCAGCAUUCCAACAUGGAGAGCUGCAGCGGAACCUGCUGCACCCAGCCCUGCCCCAGCCCCAGCCCUGCCCCAGCCCCGCCCCAGCCCCAGCCCUGCCCCAGCCCCCGCGUGUUAUUACCAUUUUCCAGUCAGUCUUCCUACCGCCAGGCACUGCACUGUCUGGCUCUGUGGCCACCAUGUCUUGCUUACCUCUUCCCCAGCUGGCGGGUGGACCUCUGGGCUGUUUCCAGUUCGGGGCUGCUGCAGACUUCUGUGCUGUCCGUUUGGACAGAUGCGUUCACCUCUCCUAGGUCAAUUUCCUGAGACUGGCAGAGUCUUACUGUGUGUUUAUGCUUAACUUUUAAGGAGCCGCCAGACUCCGCAGAGCAUUGGUUUUGUUUGUUGUUUUCCAGUGCUGUAGGGUAGCUUAAUGAAUUACUCGAUUUUUGUCGUCCCCUUUGCUUUUUCCAGAGGUUGCUACUGACUUUGCAGGAGGCACAUCCUCCCACUUUCUCGCUGCCUUCCUUCUUCCUGUUGUUUUACCUCUGGUUUGCGAACCUUAUUUGGCUGUCUGUGUGCCCCACUAACCUGGAAGCCCCUUUGGGGUCAGGCUGGGUAUUUGCAUUUCCAUGAGGUUCCAUGCAGAGUCCAAGAGUUUAAGGUCAAACAGGGCGUGACCUUGACCCCAAGAAGCUCACAAGCUAGCAGAGGCGUGAGAGGAGACCGUGUGAUCCGUGGCCAAGUGCAGCUGAGAGGGCGGUGGAGUGGCCGGGGGGCUGUCUACGUCCACCAGGGGACAGCAGGGGCGCUGGGUGUGCUUAGAGCAGGGUUUGGCAAACGACAGCCGUGGGCCCAGUUCAGCCACCGUUUGUUUCCACGGUUUUGCUGGAGCACAGCCUUGUCCGUUGGAUGACUGUGUCUGUGGCUGCCUGUGCACUGCAGUGGCAGAACUUAGUCACCACAGAGACCGUCUGGCCAGCAAAGCCUAAGGUAUUCACCAUCUGCCCCCAUACAGAAGUUGGCUGGGGCCAGUGUUGUGGCACAGCAGGCUAAGCCACCACCUGCGACACCAGCAUCCCAUAUCAGAGCACUGGUUCGAGUCCCAUCUGCUCUACUUCUGAUCCAGCUCCCUGCUGGUGCUUCUGGGAAAGCAGUAGAGAUGACCCAGUUGGGUCCCUGCCACCCAUGUGGGAGACCUGGAUGGAGUUCCUGGCUCCUGGCUUUGGCGUAGCCCAGCUCUAGCCAUUGUGGCCAUUUGGGGAGUGAACCAGGGGAUGGAAGACCUCUCCCUCUCUCUCCCUCACUCUGCCGGUCAGAUAAGUAAUCUUUUAAAAAACAUUUUUCGCUGUGUGGAGCUGUGGGUGGGAGAGUGGACCGACUGACCGACAGGAGGGAUAGAAGG